AUGCCUCUGCAGGAACAAGCCAAGCUGACGGAGAAAACUCUACAAGGGAUGGAAGAUGUUGAGAGGACAAACACUGAUGCGUUUGAUGAUGAUGGAAUGACCGAUGGGGGAUACACCGCCUCAUCCGAGUCAGCCAGCGAAAAGAUGGAGCUGGCCAAGCGAGAGACCAAAGCUGUCUUUCGCCUUCGUCUUUUGGUCUUUCUCGUCUUGUUUCUUGCGGCCGUGACUGUCUGUGUGAUCAUCUACCUUAUCACUUCCCGUGGCGAAGAAGACGAGUUCAAGACGCAGUACGAAAGUGCCGUCCAAAAACUCACAGUGAACUUCCUGGACAUUGCCGCCAACAAGCUUGGCGCUGUUUCCAGCUUGGGGGUAGCCAGUGUCGCUAAUCAAGCUCAGCAAUGGCCCCUUGUGACUUUCGCUAACUUCCAUCAACGAGCAGCCACAGCCAGAAAGCAAUCUGGGUCCAUCUUUAUCCUUCUUCACCCGCUUGUCACCGAUGCUCAGAGACCUGAUUGGGAAGCCUACUCGGCCGGCAACGCCUCUCAAUGGAUGUAA